UUUUUUCUUUGCUCCUUUCUUCUUCCUUCCUUACCUACUUCACCUCUAUUACUUUCUAUAUUUUAACGUCGUUAACCUUUUUUUUGCUUUGCUUUUUUUAUUACGAUCCCACACAUUUUUUUGGCUUUGCCUUAUUGAUUAUACUAGAACGAAUAUCAAUCUUCAACCUAUCAUUUUAUCAGAAUAUCAAUUGCUGUUCAAACAAUUUUUUAUAUAUAUUUUUUUAUUUUCUCCUUCCUUUUAAAACAACACACCCGUGAAAGAAAAAAAAGAGACCAUGAACGAUUCUAUGACAGAACCUAGUCCCGCCAUCACGGCCACAUCUCCUUCGAUGAUAAGCUCCUCACCACCACCAAGACGGUCCGUUAAAAGACAUAACCCUGUCAAGAUCCAUACUCUCAAUACUUCCUCUUCUCUUCUCAAAGCCACGUCUCCUCCAAGUGCCAAUUUGUUUCUUCUCUCUCCUCCACCGUUGACGGCACCUCCAAUUCCUUCAGGCAGUCCAUCAUACCAUUUCAAUAGUAGCAAUAACAAUAAUAGCAAUACUAAUAACACGGUCCUUGGCCGAGCCAGAAGCUCUAGCAGGAGCUCCGGUGGAGUUGUCUUCAAGACUCGACCCCGAGCCGAUUCUGAGGCCGCUCGAUCUACUAUGGAGGCAAUGAUCCAAGGACGUCUCGAUAGGAUCACUCGGCGUCUGAAUGAUUUUAAUGCUCAAUCGCAUGAGCUUCAUAAGCAGGUUCAAGAGCUGGACAAUGUUAUGCAAGAUAAAGCCGAGCGUCUUUAUCUGGUGGAGGAUCACUUGCUCAAACUCCAGGGUAAACCAGGCCUAUUCGAGGAUGAAGAAGGAACAGAUGGCUCACCCAAGUCAGCGACCGGGUCGGUGACCAGGAGGAAGAGGAGUAGACGCCUGACGAACGAUUUGGAUGACCUGAAAAUGGGUGUCAAGACUUUGAGAAAAAAGUUUCAGGCUGCCGGAAAUGCAGCAACAACGGUUGGAUGGUGGAAGAACCUGAAGCAAGCCAGAGCAGAAGCAGAAGCAGAAGCAGAAGCAGAUAAAGCAACCGCAGCUGUACCAACAACAGAAACAGCAGAAACAUCGGCAGUAACAGUAACGGCAGCAGCAGAAGGUGAUGGAACAAAUACUGCUGGUCUCGCGCUGAAGAACUUGUUUAUUCAUCCGACUUUUAGCGAUGUGGAUCUGAGAAAGAAUGAAAAGCAGGAGGUUACACAGGCACCCAUAGGGUUGCGCUCGCCGCCUCUAACACCCAAGGUGGCAUCCGUGAAUACAUCAUCGCUCUUUCCUACCCCAUCGCUCUCAUUGUCGUAUACUUCACAAAAGAGUCAGGGGUUUGAGGAUCGACACUCUUCCAAUUAUAACCUGAAGCCGAGGCCACUCUCCAUCAUUCCUGAUUUGGAAGAGCCUAUUCAACUCGACGCUUCGUCUGCCUCUCCAAUGGCAAUAGAAGCAACAGCAGCAACAGCAACGACAACCAUAACUCCAGUAGACGUAUCCUUGAAUACUGAGAAGAGUGCAGGUAUUGCUGACUCAGCAUCCACAAGCAACUCCACCACAGCUCCACAAUCAACCUCAACCUCAACCUCAAAUUCUUCAGUCAACACCGUAUCUGAGUCUGGAGGAGAUAAAAUGGACCAACAGACACAAGGACCGCAAGGACAGUCUGUGAAAGCCGCUACAAACGUUGGCUCCAACCCUGUAGAUCACGUCAACCUCGCCAGCAGCAGUAUCAAUACCAGUACCAGAAGCACUACGGAAGAGGCCAAUAAUAAUAAUAAUAAUGAUAAUAAUAAUACUUGGAUUUAUUUCCUAUGGAGUCUUCUAGUCCGUGCAGAGUAUUUCUUCUUGGGCACGGCAGUCUUGGGAGCCAUGGUCCCCGAUAAUGUGUUUGCGCUCUGUGUUGGAUUCCUAUCCGCAAUCAUCUAUGGUGUCCUGAUUCUCCAUCAUCGUUUCUUGGCCCCUCCCGGUAAAGAAGCGCCUCAUCCUCCAAAUCCGGAUCGUAUAUCGAGCUUGAACAAAAAGAAGCGUGUCUCACCUUCCACAGUUACAGUUCCCCCAAACAAGAGUCCUCGUUCUUAGCGAAGCUCCCUCUUUAUGGUCAUCUCGACGAACAAAAAAAAAUAAAAAAAAAAAAACCCCCCC